UUUGUCGCGUCGAAGUAGACUUUGCAUUUCCGCACUAGCGCUCGCGGCUAAUCACGAGCAGGUGGGCUGGAUGACAGCACAAGAUGUCUGCCACAGACGACGACACCGAGCUGAGGGAUCUUCUCAUCCAGAAUUUGGAGAACAACGGAGUUCUAAACAAGCUCAAGGCAGAGAUGAGGGCGGCCGUGUUCCUGGCCUUAGAGGAGCAGGACCGACUGGAGAACAAGACGCCACUGGUCAAUGAAAACCUGAAGAAAUGUCUCGACACCAAAGACGGUCGUCUCGUGGCCAGUCUCAUUGCGGACUUCAUGCGUGUGUUUCACCUGGACUUCAGCCUAGCUGUGUUCCAGCCAGAGAUAAACAUGCAUCCGAGUGCCCUGGACAGUCGGAAGCUGCUGUGCGCGGAGCUUGGCUUUUCAGAGCCGGAGCUUAACGCAAACUCGCCAGUGCUGCUGGAGCUCAUUCGAAGAGGGGAACGCAAUUCUAAAUCCGUCCCGGCCGCUGAGGUGGCGUCGCAGGAGAACAGCGUCACGGUCGACAAGGAUGCUGCGGCGGACGUGUUUGGGCACGAGAAGCUCCUUCAGCAGGCGCGCGUUCCGCAAAAGGACUCGGCGCGGGAGCGACCCGCGGACCGGGAACAGCCGGACGAUGACGACUCCUUUUUUGAUGACCCCUUGCCUCAGCCUCAAAAGACAUACGGAUUGCACCCGGUGGCUCGCGACAGCCAACAUAGUCCAGUGGGCUUUUUGUCGGAGACGGCCCCGACACGAGGAGGAGGAAGUGCGUCAGAAAAGUGCCGCAGUCAGACGGGCGCACGCGCCGCAAUUCUUCCCCUAUCAGAGUCAACGUCGAGAGAGAAAGCAUCUCAAGGGGCCAAGCUCCCCAGCAGAGGGGACGAGAGCGCAUCGCUCCAUUUAGAGGAAGACAACGACGUUGAGUACGACGACUUCAACAGCCACCGCUCCGACUUGUACAAGAAUGAGCUGAUCAGCAGCGAAGAGAUCGAGGAAGUCUCCAUCGAGGGGCCCGACCAAAGUGACAAGCUGGAGGACACGGUGGACGUGAGCGUCUCCCAGCCGAGCGCGAGCUUGGGGGUGGACUACAUGGAGGAAGUGGCCUGACGUUGCUGCCGUACGCCACUUCCUGUUCUUCUCAUCUGCACUUUGAGACUCGACUUGCAAGUGACGGGAAGCGUCUUGCCCGUCGCAUUCCGGCCAGCUGCUCUUUAUCGGGGUAACCAUGGCGACCACCUUUGAACACGCCACUGAAGCCGCGUGUGUGUCACGCUGACUCUUGCGUUUUAAGAAUGUUGCCUGACCUCAUUCUGGUGCUGGGUGUGUGUGUGUGACGGUAGGUCAAAGGUCAAUGUGCAAGCAAGUGGUGGAGGGGCGGGACAUCCCAUGGCACUCUUAUCCAAUCAGAGGAGGCGCAAGUGGGCGACUGGGUUCUUAUUUUUUUGUUGUUUUGUUUUGUGCAUCUUUUCGACAGUUUUUGUUUUUCCUUUGACAUUUUCAAGUGAAAUGUAAAUUUUGCUCAUGUGUGUCGUGUCUGCGGAGACGACUUGAAGUCUGUAAAUGAAACCAUUGAUUGGUUUAAAGUUGUGACAUGUAUGUUACACACAAAUAAACAUUUACUUGUUUUUAA